AUGGUGAAGAUUGAGAAUGCUCACGAAGGUGUUAUUCACCAUGCGGCGUUGAAUUACUACGGUACUAGGCUGGCUACGUGUUCUAGCGACAAGACUGUGAAGAUUUUCGAGAUCAAUGAUGUUAAUAACAGUUCCUCCUUGCUGGAGACCUUGGUUGGACACGAAGGUCCGGUGUGGUACGCGGACUGGUGCCACCCUAGCCUCGGCGAGAACUUGCUGGCUACAUGUGGCUACGAUGGGAAAGUCUUGAUAUGGAAGGAGAGCGGCCAUGGUGGGAAGAUGCAGAUCAUUGGCAAGCAUGCGGUUCACUCUGCCUCGGUAAAUUGCGUCAAGUGGGCUCCACACGAGUAUGGGCUGAUUCUACUGUGCGGCUCCGCUGACGGUAAGAUAUCUGUUGUGGAAUUGAAAGACGGUCAAAUAGCAUCUACAAAAAUCCUGGAUAACGCCCACAAGUUUGGUGUGAACUCUAUCAGUUGGGCUCCAUUAAUGAAGACAGACAGCAGCGACGAUGGCGACGAGACCACAGCAGUAAAACAGUUCAUAAGUGGUGGUAACGACAACUUGGUAAAGAUUUGGAAAUUUGAUGACGACCAAGAGACUUACGUGGUGGCUGACACCUUAGAAGGCCACAAAGAUGCAGUAACGGCAGUGGACUGGUCUCCUACUACAUUACUUCAAUCUUACGUUGCUUCUGUCUCUAACGAUAAACAAUGCCUGGUUUGGACUCAGGAUCACUCAAGCAAGAAGAACGAUUGGAAGAAAAUAUCCGUCAAUGAGGGUAAAUUUGAACAAAAACUGGGCUCUGUAUCAUGGUCUCUUUCUGGUAACCUAUUAGCAGUCUCUGAUGAUGAUAAGAAUGUUACGAUCUGGAAGGAAAGUGGUGAUGGUAAAUGGGAAGAAGUUGUUAACUGA